AAUAUAGGUACAGAUACAGAUUUAGAAAUAAUAGAAGCACAUGCUGUAGAAAUUUUAAAAUUUGGACGUAAAAGAGAAGAAUCUUUAAAUAGAUAUCCAUGGCUUUGCACUGAUUGUAAUGAUAAAUUACCCAGUUUAGAAAAAUUGAAAGAACAUCAUGAAACUAUUCACAAUCAACAAGCAAAAUAUAUGUGUGUAUUAUGUUGUAAAGUUUAUGAUAAAUAUUAUGGUUUUCUUACUCAUGUCAAACGACAUAAAAACAAAACAAAAUUCAGUUGUGAAGAUUGUGGAAAGUCAUUUGUACAUAAGAAGGUAUUAGAUUCUCACAAAGCAAUUCACAGUGAGGAGAGACCUCAUAUAUGUCAAACUUGUGGAAAAGCAUUUAGGCAACAAAGUGCUUUAUAUAUUCAUAGCAGAUGUCAUUUACCAGAUACUAUGAAAAAUAGAUUUCCUUGUGAUCAGUGUGAUAAAAGGUAUAAUUUAAUAAUUGAACUUAAUUUAUCUAUUAAAAUAAUAUAUUGUUUAUUUAUAAUUAUAUAUAAUUUUUAAAAUUUCAAUUUUCUAUACAUACAUUUUUAAAUUAAAU